UCAACCCGCCUAUAAAACCUCCAGCACAGUACACCAGCCACGAGCCCCCAGGACUACUUUCACUCGACUGCCUCACGCGUAAAGAUACUGGAAACGCCGUACGCGCUCCACAAAAUUACCGAUCCCUAACCAUGAGUGAGAGACAAGGAUCUGCACCAAUGUCUGGCAACAGCAAGCCAGCAUCUGGACAAGGUCCUCCGAAGAAGGUUCAGGCUAAAUGUGAGCAGAAGGAUGUGCCGGCGGAGGACUUUGACAUCGAUAUGCGCGAUCCAGAGACAGAGAAGGCCGCCGUGGCCAUCCAGUCGCAGUUCAGGAAGUUCCAGAAGAAGAAGCAGGACGUGAAGUCGUAAAGGGUCUGUCUGCGGCCGUGACCUGGCCCCGCCCCCCGGUACCACCUGAUGGGCGUGGCUCUACAGCAGCUCCACCUGUAGUCCUCAUCUUGCAUGUCAAUCAAACUUGCACCGUCAUAAACUGGGGGGGGGGGGGGGGGGGGGGUGUUGGUUGGGUGACGUCUUUGGCCUCCGCAUGUCUGUGCAAUUAUAUUUGUAGUUCCAUUAAAUGGAUUGCUGUGUACAGUGACGAUAGAUUAUUCAAUAUAUGCACCUAGAGAUAGAUAUGUUUAUUCCGUUUGUAAAUUGUGCCAUUUCAUUUUUUUUAUUCAAAUUCUUUGAUAAAACCCAGUGGUAGCAUUAAUUAAAAUUCAAAUAUAUAUAUUAUUUAUGUCAAAUUGAGUGUUUAUUAAGCCAUGAGGAAGAAAUUCCUGAGUAUUAGCAAGAAAAUCCGAUGAUGUCCAUCACGCUCGGGAUGAAUAUAUAGCCACACACGUAAUACCAAACACCGUGCUCUCCAGUUAGCUUCUAGUUAGCAUCAUGUCAGGAUUGCAUUGGGGAUUGAUGAUGACAUUUUCCACUGAGUGGGGUCAAAACAAUCCUGUUGAGUACAAGCUGUGUUUGACCCCAGUUCACCACCAACUAAGCAAUCUCCCGGGAAAUCUCACUGUGGGCGAACCAAUGCAUCGGCAUAUUCUGUAAUGACAUCAGCCGUUCAUGACUGUGUUGCCUUUUUCAUUUUUGAUUUAUUGUUCAUGAAUGUUAUAAUUGUAAUCAGAAUUUAACUUUGUUCAGUUCACGUUCAUAUAAUAACAAUCUCCCAGUCUGCAGAUUACAGUGUGGCUGUUAACAAAACAACUAAUAAAUAAUUUUAAAAAACA